AGGUGUAUCAUGAACACCUUCCCUUUGGAGUUUGAAGAGAGAGAAAGGGAAGGAAACUGAAGAAUCCACAGUUACUUGUUAAAAACAGUGCAUAGAGAAAGAGAAAGUGAAAGAGAAAGAGAAAGAAGGUGUGUUUGCUUGUGAGUGAGUGUGUGAGUUUGUGUGCAGUGGUUUCAGAUGCGUGUAGAGACCAAACCCCAUACCACACCCCAAUUUCUCAAAUCACUUCACUUCACGUAUCUCUGUCACAAACUGCGCCACUUUCUCUGCUGCAUAAGAUCAUGAUAAUUAUUAUAUCCUUUCCUUUCACAGUCACCAUCACUUCCACUAUUCUUCUCUGCAACUUCCGUCACCUCUUCUGCUCCACUCGCUUUCCCUCUUCUCCUUCUUCAUCUGCAACAUCAUCACCAACUACACCAACCCCUCUCUUUUUAACUUUCUUUUCUUUUCUAUGGCUGAGGGUUUUGAGCACUACCAUGUCCCACAACAAAGUAGGAGGGACAAGCUAAGAGUUUUCCCUCAGAACCACCCUUCUUUCCUUGAAUCUUCCUCUAUCCUUCUCCCCACUUCUCCAAAUUUAACCUCUCUCUACGAUCCUUCUCUUCUUCCCUCUGAUUUCUUGGCUUGUGCCACCCAACAACCUCCCGCUGCUAAGGGAGAAGGUUCCAAUUUGAUGAUGGGGUUUCUCGAAGGAGGGGUUGUCAAUGGUGAUGCAAUUCAUGUUAUCAACAGUAAUACCAACCACCACCACAACAACCCUUUUCUCUAUCAGCUUCAGAACCUUAGGGAAUUUGGUGAUGGCUACAAUGAUGCGAGUGAAAUGAUGGUGUUCAAGCCCGAGCCUUUGUCUUUGUCUUUGUCUUCCCAGAGUAACAACACUCAUCACCCUCUGGAACUGAAUCUUCAGCGAUUUGGGGCUGUUAUUCCUGGUUUGGUUGGAAGGAACAGUGAGGUUUCGAGGAAUUCGGUUCCACUUGGACCCUUUACGGGGUAUGCUUCGAUAUUGAAGGAAUCGCGGUUCUUGAAACCUGCACAGCAAUUAUUGGAAGAGUUAUGUGAUGGUGGGGUUCGUGAAAUUUACGCUACCGAGAAGUCUCUUGCUCCUGAUGCAUCGUUGAUGGAACCUCCUCAUGAGGGUUUGAGUGCCGGUGGAGUUGUUGGUGGGGAUGAUCCACUAGGGGACUAUGAAAAUGAGAGUAGGAAGAAGAAGUGUAGAUUAUUAACCAUGCUUGACGAGGUUUACAGGAGGUACAGGCAGUAUUAUCAACAGAUGCAUGCAGUGAUAACAUCAUUCGAGUAUGUUUCUGGUCUUGGUAAUGCAGCCCCAUAUGCAAGUUUGGCUAUAAAUGCCAUGUCCAAACAUUUUAAAUGCUUGAAGAAUGCUAUCACUGACCAGCUUCAGUUCAUCAACAAGGCUCCGUUUCAGAUUAGUAACAGAAAGGAUGAAUCUCCAAGGCUGCACAACAGUGAUAGGGGCACUUACAGCCAAAGGCCAGGGUUUCUUGAGCACCAGCAGCCUGUUUGGCGACCUCAAAGAGGACUUCCUGAGCGUGCUGUCAGUGUUCUCAGGGCCUGGUUGUUUGAACACUUUCUUCACCCUUACCCUACUGAUACCGACAAGCUUAUGUUGGCUAAACAAACUGGUCUAUCUCGCAACCAGGUGUCUAAUUGGUUUAUUAAUGCAAGAGUAAGGCUUUGGAAGCCAAUGGUGGAAGAAAUACACAUGCUAGAAUCACAGCAAGCUCAGAAAAGGCCACAGAGGGAAGAACAAAGUAGGAGAAACUUAAGUGGUGGUGAUCAUUUACCUUCAGACAACUCUCUUGUUACUGAGAAUAUUCCAUCUACCUCCAUGGAGAAGUUUCAGGAUGCCCCUUAUAAACAACACAGAAAUGAAAUUGCUAAUAUGCAAGUGAGGGGUCAAGAACAGCUGAAUCAAACGAACACAAGCAAUCAGCAAAUGGGUGUUGGAGUGAGCAUUAAUAAUGGUGUGUCUCUCACACUUGGUCUUCAUCAAAAUCAUGGUAUUGGUUUGUCUGAGCCCUUUGCCAUGAGUGCAGCUCAACGUUUUGGUGUUGCCCUUCAGCCUGAGGGCUAUGUUAUAAGUGGUUUUGAAUCACAAAAUCGACAUUUUGGAAGAGAUGUUAUUGGAGGAGGGCAACUGUUGCAUGAUUUUGUAGGCUGAAGAUUUCUUCAUUCUUCAAUCUACUAACCUUGCUUAGACUUGGUUUAAUUUGGUUAUAUUAUAUAACUAACCAUGUUUCUGUUGCUGUAAUCAACCAUCACAAAUUAGGAAGCGAAAGUGAUUGAAAAAUAGGCCUUCUAUGGUGCUACAAAGUUUGGGAAGAACUAGUCUUUAUAUUAAGGCUACAACAAGUACAAGACUGUAAAGUCAUUGUAAAUUCAUUUUAGGGGAAAAGUGUUAUGUCAGGCCUUUCUAUCGAUUCACCCUUCUGUUGGCAUUGUUGGCAACACAAGGUUAAACAUUGUUUCCCUUUUUGCUUUAACCAAACUGGUACAUGGAUUUCAAUGUGAAAGUUCAAUCUUGUAGAACAUCGCAAUUUUUUGGUAU